AUUUCAUUUUAUUUUAAUGAGUUAUGGUGCAAAAAAUACCCUUUCUUGAAUUCAUACAACGUAAUGUGCGCUGCUCGAUGCUAACGGCUAGUUUGUGAGGGCGAAGCUAAGCUAACUAGGAGCUUCGUCAAGCUUGUGUUUGUGGUGGUGCAGCUUUAAAAGAAGAAAAAAAUACUGGGAAGAUGGACACAAGAGCCUUAAGGAACCCGUAUCAUGACUAUGAUGGAACACAGGCAUUGUUUGACGCUCAGGGGAAGAUCAUUCCAGAGUUUGCCCAGAGGCUGAGCAGGAAAAUCAGCGAGCUGUUAGCUGUCAUGGAAAAUGGGUUGAAGUCUGCUGAUCCCAGAGACUGCAGUGCUUACACAGGCUGGACAGGUAUUGCGUUGCUCUACCUGCACCUCCACAGUGUGUUCAAUGAAGACUCGUUCCUUCAGAAAGCRUUUGAGUACGUCAGCCGCAGCCUGAAGUGUUUGACCCGGCGCCAUGACGUCACCUUCCUGUGCGGCGACGCAGGACCGUUUGCUGUUGCUGCUGUGGUCUAUGCUCGCCUGCAGAGAACGCAGGAGGCCGAUGAUUGCAUCAACAGACUGAUGCAGUACCAUCAGGCGGUGGUGAAGGGUUCAGGCGGGCUGCCAGACGAGCUGCUUUAUGGGCGGGUGGGCUACCUGUACUCCCUCAUUUUCAUCAACCAGCAGCUUGGGCAGGACAGGAUCCCACUGCAGUACAUCCAGCAAAUUAGUGAGGCUGUGCUGGCUUCAGGCGAACACUGUAGCAGAAAGUUCCGAGUCCAGAACCAGAGCCCACUGAUGUACGAGUGGUACCAGGAGCAGUACGUUGGCGCAGCUCACGGGUUGUCUGGCAUCUACUAUUUCCUGAUGCAGCCAGGCUUCGUCUCCUCCGAGGAGCACGUGCACAGGCUGGUGAAGCCCAGCGUCGACCACGUCUGCCGCCUCAAGUUCCCCUCGGGGAACUACCCUCCCUGCGUCGGCGACGAUCGAGACCUGCUGGUGCACUGGUGCCACGGCUCCCCCGGGGUGGUCUACAUGCUCCUGCAGGCUUACAAGGUUUUUGGGACCCCUCAGUACCUGGACGAUGCUCUGCAGUGCGGGGAGGUGGUGUGGCGGUGGGGUCUGCUGAAGAAGGGGUACGGGCUGUGCCACGGAGCAGCCGGCAACGCCUACACCUUCCUGGCUCUCUACARGCAAACCAAUGAGCCGAAGCACCUUUACAGAGCAUGCAUGUUUGCAGAUUGGUGCAUGAGCUACGGGAAGCAUGGAUGUCGGACACCAGACACGCCUUUCUCUCUCUUUGAAGGCAUGGCUGGCACCAUCUACUUCCUGGCAGACCUUCUGCAGCCRCUGAGAGCAAAGUUUCCUGCAUUUGAGGUGUAGAGCAUGUCUGCAGGUAGUCCUCCAUCCAUCCACCCACAUCGCAAAAAACUCUAAACAAGACGGCUCUUUGCCUCUGGAUUAAAAUCCCGUCAGGACUUUGACUCCAGAUGCCAUCGAUGACAGCAUUUUUACCUAAUUCCAUCAAAUCUUCUCGCUUUUUACUUCGUUUUUGUGCCGUAUUUAGGGUUAACUUCACAGUCUGAUUACGUAAAAUGUAUUUUUUUGUAUAUUUAUGUCUUUAAAAAAAGUGUCACAGUCAGUCAAACAGAAACUGGUUGCCUGUGUUUUGCAUUGCCUGAGCAAUAAAGAAGUUAAAGUUGUU